AGUUACUUCAUGUGUUUUUUUAAUUGCCUAGUUGUGUGCUUGUAUUAAAUGAAUAUAUUCUUAUGUUGUAAUGUUUGAAACAAAUGAGUUGUUAAAAUGAAUAAAUUGUUAUUCUGUAAUCUUUGAAGCAAAUGGAUGUUCAUCCGGAACCUAUUUCACGAGACGUUUUAGUUCUUGAAGGCGGAGUACAUAGGUGUGAUGCGGUAUGGGCGGACGAAGAAUAUGCCAAAAAGAGUCUAAAGUGUCAUAGGACUUGUUCUAGUAUAUAUCUGAGAACUCUUGUUGCUAAUAGACCACCUCGUGUUAUAGAGAUCUUACAAGAUUAUGGAUUUUAUGGGGUGGAGAAAGUGGGUGGAUUACAGUUAGAUUGUGCUCUGAUUACUUCUUUAGUGGAGAGAUGGAGACCCGAGAUCCAUUCAUUCCAUCUUCCAUUUGGAGAGGUGGGAAUUACGCUGCAAGAUGUUGAGGUUUUACUUGGAUUGCCCAUAGAUGGCAUUCCAUUGUCGGGGGUCACUAGUCGAUCAAGAGAUCAGUGGAUUCAGAUUUGUCAUGACAUGAUGGGUUUUAUACCUAAACCAUCUGAUAUUACGUCUUCUACGAUUAAGAUAUCUGCAAUUGAUCCGAAGGCGUUGUCAGAGCACAGUGUAGAAGUUGAUUACCAACAGCAUGCUAGAGCUAUCAUGUUUAAGUUGAUGGGUGGCAGGUCAUUUCCCAACACGACGGGAAAUAAGGUUAGUUUGUAUCUGUUGGAGGUAAUCAUGGGUGACUCUGUGCUGGUGCGGGGUCGUGCCAUUGGUGCUGCGGUACAAUGGAUAUCCAACCAAUCCGCCAUUGCUGCACCACUCCAGCUCCAAUAUAUAACUCCGGCAUCGGAUAAUAAUAUCAUCUCUCUGAUAACGGCAAUGACGGCGGAGGAGGAGACUGCCAAAUACGAAACCAAAGUCGACAUCAAGAGCUCGUCGUCAGCGCUGCCUCCUCCACCGGCGUUGGCCCCACCGCGGUUGUCCCUCGCCGGAGAUGAUCUAGCGGAGGAGAAGAGAGUCAAUUUCCCGUUCUUCAGGCCGCUGUCGCAGAAGAGCGAGAAUGCGUGGAUCAUCUCUCUGUUCGUGAUCGUACACCUGAUUGUCUUCACGGCCACCAUGAUCGUCAACGACUGUUGGCACAACUCUCACGGCCAGUGCUCCGUUAAAUUCCUCAGAAUGGUCUCCUUUCAGCCCCUCCACGAGAAUCCCUUGCUUGGCCCCUCCGCCUCUGCGCUUGAUAAAGUUGGGGCUCUUAAGAAGACUUUGUUCAUUGAUAAUCACCAAUUCUGGCGUGUUUUCACCAGCCCAUUGUUGCAUGCAGGACUUUUCCACAUCAUUGUAAACUUGUGCAGUGUAGUCUUUGUUGGAAUUCACAUGGAACAAGAGUUUGGAUCAAUCAGGACUGGAGUUGGCUACAUACUGUCUGCCAUUACAGCUAGCUUGGUGGCUGCGCUUUUCGUUACUGAUAAAACAUCAGUGACAUCAUCUGGAGCAUUAUUUGGAUUGCUUGGUAUGAUGCUGUCUGGGCUCAUUAGAAACUGGAAAUUUUACACCAAAAAGCUUGCAGCUGUUUUUGUAAUUUUGAUGAUUUUGGUUGUCAACCUCAUCAUCGGUUUGUUACCGUACAUCAACAACUUUUCCAAUGUUGGAGGAUUUAUAACUGGUUUCCUUAUUGGGUUUGUGAUACUAUUCAAACCACAACUCAACAGAAGGGCUCAAGCGAAGGGAGGCUUGUUUGAGUAUGAUCUCAAACAAAAAGUUAAAUUGAAGCAGAAGUUGGACAGGCCAUUUCUGAGGGGCAUUUCUCUUACCAUCUUCUUAUUUCUGUUUGUAGGAGUCUACAUGGCAGUUCUUCGUGGAACUAAUGCGAACAUGUAUUGUAGCUGGUGUAAAUACAUAGAUUGCAUUUCAUCCAAAUGGGGUAGCUGUGUGGACAAACCAAUACACUGCGAGACCAUGGUAAACUCAGAGCACUUGAUCUUGACAUGCUCAGACAAUGGAAACUUCAGAAUUCUCCCUUACACCCACAUCUCACCCUCAAGGAUUGAAGAUUUGUGCAGUCUCAUAUGCUCUUAGAUGGUAAUUGUGAAUUUGUACACAACGGCUGACCGGUUCCAAGACCUAACACCAAUGCCAAUACUUAGCUUCCAAUUGAUGUGGAUAGGUACAACAAAAGUGUGAGGUUGUUGUUCAACCAUUUCGUCUAGACAUUGAAUUUUUGAUACAUAGACAUAGACAUGAGCAAAAGAAACAUCAGAAGGCUUG